AGUAAGAUGGCGUUCUCUCCGUCAGCACCCGAACAGCUCCCGGUUGAUGCGCUGCAAACGAUUUAAUUGAAUUAACUGUGCACAAUUUGUGGCAGGCAAUACACGUUAGCGUUUUUUGUAUUUUAAUCACACAUCAAUGCAUUCGAGAGGGUUUCGUUCUGGCGAGAGAUUCUUUGGAGGACCAACGCGUCUUUUGGUGCAAAGUCUUGCAGGGACAGAAGCUGGAGAGGUCUGUCUAAUUGCCUCGGUGUUCACCGGUGCCUCUGCUGCGACAAUCUCUCUGAAUUUCCCCAGCUUCUAUGAAUGGGGACAUACCACACAGGGACAAGAUAAGAGCUGACAACAAGUAUCUUCUCUGGGACAAAUGAAUAGCGUUAUAGUGCGCAGAAUUGUCAUUCAACAUAUGUCUCUUCAUUCGACGCCUGCUCACUUUUCAGCGGGGAAAGCAAUGCAACAAGGACCGAAAACCUCCGUGAAUCAAUGAGGAUGCACAGUCCGAGCUCUGAAUUUUCAGCCAGAAUAGACUAGCGCACUUUUGAUUCCCCGAUACCUAGCACUCGACCACCAGCUCAGUGAGAAUGUGGGUGCCUCUCGUAGCGAUAAUCAUGACUUCCAUCUUCAACCCCGGUUUUGCCCUCAGCUCCCAUUUCGACACAGAUGGCGCCCCGCUGAGCGAGCUCUCCUGGUCGUCGUCUCUGGCCGUGGUGGCCAUCUCCUUCUCCGGGCUCUUCACCUUCAUCUUCCUCAUGCUGGCUUGCCUGUGCUGUAAGAAAGGGGACAUCGGCUUCAAGGAGUUUGAGAAUGCGGAGGGUGAAGAGUACCAGGCGGACGUGUCCACGCUGGCCUCGCCAGCCUCCCAGAGCGGCGGCCCCGAUGUCUACGUCCUGCCCCUCACUGAGGUCUCCCGGCCCCUCAACAAGCAGCCUGGACGCUCAGUCCAGCUGUCCAAAUCCACAAACGUCGGUCGGCACAGCCUGCUCUACAUCAAGGAGAUUGGCCAUGGCUGGUUUGGAAAGGUUCUCCUGGGUGAGGUGAACUGCGGUGCAAGCUCCAUGCAGGUGGUGGUGAAGGAGCUGAAAUCCAGUGCCAGUGUCCAGGACCAGAUGCACUUCCUGGAGGAGGCCAAGCCCUUCCGGGGGCUUCAUCACCCAGCCCUGCUGCAGUGCCUUGCCCAGUGCACCGAGGUCACCCCCUACCUGCUGGUCAUGGAGUUCUGCCCGCUGGGCGAUGUGAAGGGAUACCUGCGCAGCUGCCGAGCGGCUGACACAAUGACCCCUGACCCGCUCAUCCUGCAGCGGAUGGCCUGUGAGAUCGCCUCGGGGCUUCUCCACCUCCACCUCCACAACUUCGUACACAGUGACUUGGCCUUGAGGAACUGUCUGCUCACCUCGGACGUGACGGUCAAGAUAGGAGAUUAUGGGCUCUCUCACAGCAAGUAUAAGGAUGACUACUUUGUGACAUCAGAUCAGACGUUGGUGCCUCUGCGCUGGAUGGCCCCUGAACUUGUUGACGACGUUCAUGGAAACCUACUUGUGGCAGAUCAAAGCAAGCAAAGCAAUAUCUGGUCUCUUGGCGUGACCAUCUGGGAGCUGUUUGAGCUGGGGAACCAGCCCUAUCGCCUCUACUCAGACAGACAGGUGCUCAGCUACGCCGUCAAGGACCAGCAGCUCAAGCUGCCCAAGCCCCUGCUCAAGAUCCCUCUGGCGGAGCGCUGGUAUGAAGUGAUGCAGUUCUGCUGGCUCCAGGCUGACCAGAGGCCCAACGCCGAGGAGGUCCACCUCCUGCUCAGCUACCUGUGCGCCAAGAGCGCCAGCGAGGCAGAGGAGGACUUCGAGCGGCGCUGGAACUCCAUGCGGCCCAACACCGCCACGCACAGGCACCACGGCCUGCACGGUGCUGGAGCGAUGGCCCUGGAGAUGACCGCCCCGUCCGCCUCCACCACCUCGUCGUCCUUCCCCUUGCUGGAGCAGUUCUCGGUGGGCGACACCUACCACUCGGAGUCCGGCGACGACGUUUUGACGGUGACGGAGACGAGCCACGGACUGAACUUCGAGUACAAGUGGGAGCAGGCGCGGGCCGAGCAGUCGUACCACCAUUCGUCGUCCACGGGCACCUUGGGGCAAGGCAACCCCCUCUGCCAGGAGAUAUACUACCCACCAGGGGGCAUUGUCGGCGGCUGUGGGAUGGACGGUCUCACCCUUGGGGUGUCUCCGUCAUACUAUGAGCCAAAGCAGCUUCACGCUCCAGGGGUAGUCCCUGUGUUGAGCGCCCACAGUCCCUCGGUGAGCAGCGAGUACUACAUCCGCAUCGAAGAGCCAGUCGACUGCAACGUUGAUAUGGAGUACGCCACCUACAGCCCUGAGUUCGGGGGCAGCAACGGGAGCUUUCUGACAGGAAGCGGAGACUCGGGAGAAUGUAUGAACUGCCCUGCGGAGGUGAAGCCGUCCAUCGACUCCUACUGGGCUGCUGACGUCCACAAAAGCAGUGCCUACGAUUCAGACAACACAAGCCCUGCCUUGUCCCUAACCAUGGAGCCUCUGCUCGGCCAGGUUUCCAGUGGUAGCCCCCUCAGGCCCUGGGAGUCGGGACAUUAUGUCUCCUACAAGGACCGUGAUGGGGGCUACUACUUUGAACACUCGCCUCCCAUAACGAUGGAGGGCUACAUUAUUGGGAAGCCUCCGGAGCCUCACCAAGAGAGCUGGGGGUCCCGUAGCCUGCGGCAGGCGCUGGGAGAGCUGGAGAACCCCCUGGGGAUUUCGCCUUCUCUCGACAGCCCCCGCCAAGGCUACGGCGACCCUUACCUGGAGACAAGCCAAGGCUCCAUCAUUGGGAAGAAUGUGACAGGCGGCUACUAUGACAUGAUGGGUUCCCUCAGGAAGACCAUGCCCAACUCUCACCAGGUCAGCAUCAACAUGGAGACAGAGGGGGCACUCUUUCUACGGCACGGGGACAGUGACAGUGAGGAUGACGAUGACGAGGAGGAUUUGUUUGUCGAGAGGCAGGCGAGAGGUGGCUGGGCCGGUCAUCUCAACAGCAGCAGCGCUAGCGCGUGCCGGAGACAAAGCUCGUGCCAACAGCAGGACGCCUACAUUGAUUUCCACUACACCAUGCCCACGACGGAUGUCGAGGAUUGCUGGUCAGAUGAGCAAAAGUUAGCCUACCAUCACCCUGCUAAACCGAUAGACUAUCUAGAGGCCACCCCAAAAGACAGUGGUUGUGUUGCACAUGGAAGUCAUUAUCCACUGGUAACGGCAGAGUGCAAUCCCUAUGUCUACAUAUGUCAUGAGACUAUACCAGAUAAGGUAUUGCCUGUGGAGUGCUGCCAAGUCGUGGAGAGUCCUCACUUCAUCGAUCCCCUCACUGGUGCAGUUGUGAGGAACUGCUAUAUAAAUGACUACGAGAAGCUCAUUGGAGCACCCAGUGAAGGCAAGAAAGAAAACAAAGAGUUAUCAGCCAGGGGUGGUGAUUCGACCUCAAAGGCAAAAUCCCUCAAUAAGUCAACUCAGUAUGACCUUACAGAGCAAUAUGUGGACAUCACUGUGGAGGAUUCUUCCGCUAAGAAAGAGGAGUGUGUCAAGGAGAUUGCACCGAAAGAGUCCGAAUCUGUGAUUGUGGAAAUAACUACCUGCCAAACAACAGAACCGAGUCUUGCCAUGGUUGUCCAGUCAGAACCUGAUUCCGAAGUGAGUCGGACGGCAGACAGCGGGAUCGACCGUGGACACUCCAGUGUCAGUCUGGUGGAGAUCGAUGACUGUAGUGACGACGAUAUCACUGACGUCACCUCGGCGAUCUUCGGUGACCUCCCCAUGGACUACGUUGAGACUGGAGACUAUGCCACUUCCUCCCCUGCUCUGAAGUCCCUCCAGAAGCAGGUGGGCACGCCAGACUCCAUGGACUCCAUUGACCUUCCCUCUGCCACAGGCUCUAGCGAAGCCUUCAGCCCUGCCUCGCACCCGUCAAGCUCCCCCAAAGCCAUGGACAGUGGCUACGACACCGAGAAUAAUGAGUCCCCCGAGUUUGUGCUCAAGGAACCUCACGAAUCGCAGGAGCCAAAAGCCUUCGUCCAGCCCCUGGGGAAACCAAUUAUCUCCGCGAGCUUGGAUGAGGAGAAGGAGGAACCAACUGAAGCUGUGGCUACCUCUGUCUCUUUGUCAGCUUCUCAGAGCAGCGAGGGAGGGCUGGUAGCUCUAAGUCAGGACAACCCUUACCGCGAUUCGGCUUAUUUUUCAGAUUACGAUGCCGAGAAUGAGAAACUUUCACGGGAUGAGGAAGAAGAGAAAGAGGGAAAGAAAGAAUGUGAGAUUCAAACGGUUGAGGAAGCGACAGAUGUAAAGGUCGUCAUUUCAAAAGAACAAGAUGACCAAAUAGAAGAGAAGGUCCAUGUGUCCCAGGAAGAGAGAGAGGAUAAUGGUCCCACUGAAAAUAGGGAUCUACUUCCUCAACUGGAGAUCACUGAAACAAAGGACACUAUCACAGUCUCAACCCCCUGCCCCUCUUUUCCUCUUCAUUCUGCAGUGGAAGGUCAGAUGAAAUCAGAGAAAGAGUCUUUGCCAGAUGAAAGACUAGAAAUUGGAUUCUUGGGUGAAGGCAUGCUAUCUGAACAGUCUGCAGACCAAGAGGGGCGGGGUUCCACCCCAACACUGUCCUGUGAUGAAGUCUCCAAGGAAACAGAAGACACAGAGAUUCCAUGUCCACCCCUUGAUUCCAGUGACACAAACAGUACCACUGAAUCAACCUCCAAUUUCAAAGUGGGAGAACAUAAACAGGAACAAGAAGAUGAUGAAGAAGAGACCUCUAAUACAGAAUCUCUAGUUGAACUACCCAAAGAAGGAAAACAGAGAGACAGCAAGGAGACAGACAGGAGUGUAUCAGCAGAUACCUCCUGCAACAAGGAUCAAAUCCCCCAAAGUGGUCAAGAACAAGAAGAGGAGGUGCACUCUAAGAUCUCUGCUCGUGCCUCCUCACCUCCCCCACCCCUUCGUCCUCUGGAGGGUCAAGUGUCGCCUGCUGAUGGAGAAGAGGCGGAUGAGGAGGAUGCUGACACGGACGACAGUGACGAAUCGGACGAGGAGCUGAGGACCUACAGCGUUCAGGAACAGAGCGAGGAAAGCGAGGACGAGAAUCACCCGGUGCCCAUCGUCAUCAGCGACUGCAGCGACGCCCACAACCUCCGCAGCCUGCUGAAGAUUCCCACCUUGGUGUCAGAGUCGUCCAUCGAUGAGUCGGAGGCCAAGAAGAAGGUUGUGUCCUUCUUUGAUGACGUCACUGUCUAUUUGUUCGACCAGGAGAGCCCCACCCGGGAGUUGGCAGAUCAUGGUUUUCCUCCAGGGGCCGAGUCCGCUAAGCAGGGGUCAAAGGUCAAAGAGCUACGCCCACAGGAGAAGGUUGCUGUCUCUGAUGACUCCUCAGACGGGAACAUCUCAGAAGAGAGUGCUGGCUUUGAGUGGGAGGAUGACUUCCCACUCUUGUCCGUCGGGUCCUCAACAACAAAGGUCACCCCAGAACCUGAGCCAGCUCUGCCCAAGCUGCCGCCUGUCACUGUUGAGACCAAGCCCACCAUUCAGUACUCCCGCUUCACCGUCUCGCCCUCGACCAUCUCUCGCUUCUCCAUCACGCAUGUCACCGACUCGGACAUGGAAUCCGCAGGAGGGAGCAGUGAGGAUGGAGACAGAGAAUAAGUGGGAGCCAUGUUAUCGGACUUGAGAAUCGCCCCUUGUUUCUGGAUUAACCUUUUCAGGCUCUGUAUGUUUUGGGGUAUCAGGACAAUACGCAUGCCCUGGUGUCCUUUGAAGACAGUGCCUCCUAAUGUCAGACUACUGAAAUCAACCCUGAUUUUUUAUCAAGUAGGGUCCCAUAUAGAACAUGGACAAUAUGAAGACAAGUAUGAAACUACCAACACCACAGAUUGGUGGUUUUUCAUAUCUAUAGACAGGCAACAUGUUACCAGGAGUCCACAUACAACAGGGACAUUUUAAACCAUUUUGAAGAGAAAGAAAAAAUACCUUUGAAAAAAAUCGAUUUGUUUUGCCGUGGACUUUGAUUCGCUCAUGACUUUGUUAACGCAUUAAUCAGGAUGUUUAGCAGGCCAGGCCCGUAUCUGUGCUCUACAGGACUAAAGCACCGUUGGGAGAGAAGAACCACAAUAAUAAAACUGUCAAGCCCAAGUGCUGUACUAUUAUCUUUUCCCGGACAUUUGUUGGGAGACAUUGUUACAUUAUUAAUUGUAUCAUGAUAAAAAAAAAGAACAAUGUUGUAUGAGCUUCAAUGUCAUAUUCAAAGCAGAUUGUCUUAGUUUGGGGAUUGGAUGUUGGGGGGAAAUGGGAGGGACGCAUUAUUGUUGAAGAAUAAUAACAUUUGUUCAGUUGACAAAGGAAACCUACAGCUGCCUUGUGAUUGGCCAUCAACCAGGAAGUAGCAAAAGUGCCAGGAUGAUGCAGCAUUCUUUAAUCUGGCUAACCCCCAGUAUGUAAAAUUAUGUAUUCAAUGAAUUCUCAGACGUACACUGUAUUCAGCGUUGAUUUACCAAAUACCUAUCUAUUUAUUUAUGCAUAUUUAUUUCAUUACAUUCCUUUGUUAUUCUCAUCUCAAUCACAGUAGUGAUUGAUUGCUCAUAAUGAAUUGCUUAGACAUUUCCCCGUUUAAAGCAACACCAAAUAGUUUUUUAUACCUUAAAAUAAUGUUUCCAAAAUCGUUUCAGUGGUUCAUUAACUCGUAACAGGGUGAACGGCACUUCUGCAUGCGCUUCGCGGCC